UAAAAUUUAACCAUGGUGAUGAAGGCGGUAAGAUUACCCAGCCUUCUGGCCGAGAGCACAGCGAAGCUAGGCAUCUCCUCCGUGAGCGCCGUUGGAGCGGGAGCGGGAAUCGUCCGAUCAAUGUCAUCAUCGCCUCCGGCUUCCUUUACAACUCUUAAGGAAAGAUCAAUUUGCGAGCGCGAGGUCAAACGAAGCAAAUUCAUCGCCAUCGCCGCACCAAUCUCCGACGUGCGCUCCGCUCAUUCCUUUCUCUCCGAGGUCCAAGAUCUACGAGCUACUCAUAAUUGUUGGGCUUACAAGCUUGGAGAUGAAUAUCGCAGCAAUGAUGAUGGUGAACCAUCUGGUACUGCUGGCAAACCUAUAUACUCAGCAAUCGUCUCCUCAGGUGUUGAUAUGGUGAUGGUUGUGGUUAUCAGGUAUUUUGGUGGUAUAAAACUUGGAACUGGUGGACUGGCUAGAGCUUAUGGUGGCGUUGCGUUAGAAUGCCUUAAAGGUGCUACAACCUGUUUUGUUAAGCCAAAGGUUCCACUAGGCAUGGAGGUGCCAUUUGAAUUAUUAGGACCUGUCUAUCAUCAGCUGCAGUCCUUCCAAGUGGAGGAUAUCAAACAAGACUAUGAUACUGGUAAAGAUGGCUUCACCAUGCUUUCUUUCCUUGUGGAUUAUGAGAAGAUUGAGGAUUUGGAGACUGCCAUCAACUCCACAUGCAGCAGAAAAAUAGAUUUCUACAAACAUUAGUUCACAAAUUUACAAAGAUUUAUCACUAUUGUAUUUCAUGAAUUUGAGAAAAGGUUCAUUUUGUGGGUUCAUUUUGUGUGUAAGAACUUAUGUGGUAUUUAUGUAAAU